AUGUUCAUCCGCCUCUACCAACACUGCGUUAAUAAGCGCUUUGCCGCCCUUCGAGACAUUCAUCUACUUUGGCGACUCAACAAGACUCCUUUCGACAUUGCUUUCGAUGUGACCAAAGGACACUUUGAGUAUGUCACGAUGGCACAGCGGUCACUGACUGAUGGUACUAAUGAUACUGCAGGACCAGCACCAAACGUCUUGCAUCGAUACAAGCAAGUGUUCACGGCUUAUGUGAAAUACGAAAAGAAAAACUAUGGUCGCAACGCGCGGAAUCUUCCGGCCCAUUCUUUGCAGGCUUCGACGCAGUUCAGACUCCCACACGAGCAUGAAGAGCUCUUGGGUACACCCGAGUGGUAG